UUGUGGCGGGCGGACCGCGGGGGGAGGCGGGAGCCAUGGCGGCGCCGCUGCUGCAGGCCUGGGGCCUGGGGGCGGCCCUGCGGAGCCGUGCCGCUCUCCGCCCGCUGGGGCUGCUGGCCCCGCCGUGCCGGGAGCUGGCCGGGCCGGGGCCGGGGCAGGGCUCGGGGGAAGCGGCGCUGGAGGAGAACCCUUUCUACGGGAAGUACCGGCACAAGAUCCAGGAGCUGCGGAGAUCCAGUCCAGAGGUGUUUGAGUCCCGGAUGGAAAAAAGAAGUGAGGUGAAAAAGCAGCCCGUGGGACGCUCCAAACAAGGAGAGUUUAUCAGGUGCAUGGAGGAAAAGGCAGAAGGCUUGGGCACAAAGACAUCAAAGGGAGGAUUCACAAAGGAUAAGACCCUUGAUUCAAUUCUUAAUGUUGAGAUGGUGAAAGAGAAAUCAGCAGAGGAGAUAAAACAGAUUUGGAAUCAAUACUUCUCUGCAAAGGAUACAGUUUAUGCUGUUAUUCCUGCAAAGAAGUUUGAUCUAAUGUGGAAGAGAGCCCAGAGCUGUCCAUCGUUUUUAUAUGCUUUGCCAAGAAAAGAAGGCUAUGAGUUCUUUGUGGGGCAAUGGUCAGGAACAGAGUUGCACUUUACUUCCCUAAUAAACAUUCAGACCCAAGGUGAAACUGCUCCUAGCCAGUUGGUCUUGUACCAUUACCCUGAGCUGCAGCAGGAAAAAGGGAUAGUCCUCAUGACAGCAGAAAUGGACUCCAAGUUCCUGGUGGUCCACGAGGCGCAGUGCUUGGCGAAUCAGGUUCCGCUCUUCUACGCGACGGAGCGUUCCGAGACCUAUGAGCUAGUGGAGACCUUCAACCACAGAUCCAGCGAGUUCAAAUACAUGGCAGUCAUAGCAGAGCUUGAGCAAAGUGGGCUUGGAAGAGAACUGAGGCCCAGUCAGGCUUCUGACAAGUCCUAGAGCCUGGCUUGCAGGUGAAGAGAGCCAGCAGCAGGCAGAUGUUUUCCUGCCUCUUGUUUCAGUUUGGCUACAGGAAGGAUCUGGAGACCUCCUCGGGGUGUGAUAGCCAAGCCUGCCUGGCCCUGAUGUAAGAUGAGGGCUUGGGCCUUUUAAACAAGAGUAAUGAAUUACCCUAAAUGGAGCCCUGUACUUUCAGGCUAACUCUACCAGAAUGGGCAGUUUGCCCAUCCUGUAACUUCCUGCUGCAUGCUGUGCUUAUGGGAGCUGAAAUAAAUGGGCAGGAGGGGAGCUGUGUAAUGGGCUGUGGUGGCAUCAGGAGAUGGAGAGCAAUCAAUAUUUCUUCUCAGUAAACACUUCUUCAGUGCCCUCCCCCAUUAUAAUUGCAUGGUCCAGUGCUUUUUUGUCAUCUGUGUGGAAUUUG